CCCAUGAGAUACAGAUGGAUUUGGCUGAAUUAGACUAGGAAAACUUGAUCCUAAGAACCUUGUAAUCCAAAAUGUAAAAAGCUAGAGAAUAUAGGAAAUAAUUUUGCAACUUUUCGCAGUUGCAAAUUGGAUGAUGUCUGGAAGUGUCCCCAUUGGCUAAUCUAAAUUGCAUUCUGAGCUGCUCUAAGCAUUCAUCACUUGCCAAGGAUUAAUGUAACCACAGAUUACAAAGGGGAGCAAUUCAGUGCUUCCUUGGUAAAGAGAAAACAAGUUUUCCGUUCCUCCAUUUUAUCUCUUGGCCACUUCCACCGCAACAAAUACUGAUUGUGAUUAAGCCUAAACCAGGAACUUUCAAAACCAGAAAGUCCUGAUAAUUAAUAGAAAUUAGCUUUGAAGAUAGUAUUUACGCAUUGCUUGGUGCACAGUCUAGGUGCAUACUUGUUACACAGCUACACACACAGCUACACACAAGCUGUCUUGUGGGGUCAGACUAAGAAAUGCAGUGCUUAAUUGUACUCAGCAAAUCAUGUCAUCGUCAUCCAGGGAUUAAGGCUGGUUAGGCAGAAAGAGAGCUGAAAAACACAGAAGCCAGGGGCAGCCCUGGGGCUGAGGGCGGGAAGAGGAGGAGGAGGAGAGGGAGGAGGACGAAGGCGGCUGCUUGCCUGCCCUCCUCGCCGCCUGCAAAGCUGCCGGCCUCCCGUGUCCCCAUGGCCAGGAGCAAGGCCACCCUCCGCACAUGGCUGAGCUGCCCCGGGCUGCUCGCCUGUUUCUUGCUGGGCUUUCUCGCAGGAUGGUUUACAAAACUGACUGAAAAAAACCCCAACUCUUCAGAUGUCUAUCAAAAUGUGCGACAGAAACUUGUGGCUGAAAUGAAAGCAGAAAACAUCAAGCAAUUCCUUCGCUCGUUUACCAAGUUGCCUCACCUCGCAGGAACUGAACAGAAUCUUCUUCUUGCCAAACAAAUUCAAGGCCAGUGGAAGGAAUUUGGACUGGAUUCAGUAGAACUCGUUCAUUAUGAUGUGCUUCUUUCAUACCCAAAUGAAACGCAGCCAAACUACAUCUCAGUAAUUGAUGAUCAAGGGAAUGAGAUUUUCAAUACAUCAUUGUUUGAACCACCUCCACAGGGGUAUGAAAAUGUUACUGAUAUACUACCACCAUAUAAUGCUUUUUCAGCACAAGGAGUGCCAGAGGCAGAUCUGGUAUAUGUGAAUUAUGGCCGUACUGAAGAUUUUUUUAAGCUGGAGCGUGAAAUGGGAAUUACCUGCACAGGAAAGAUUGUCAUUGCCAGAUAUGGGAAAAUCUUCAGAGGAAACAAAGUUAAAAAUGCCAUAUUAGCAGGAGCCCGAGGGAUCAUACUUUAUUCAGACCCUGCUGACUACUGUGCCCCAGGAGUAGAUGCUUAUCCAGAUGGCUGGAACCUUCCAGGUGGAGGAGCCCAGCGUGGGAAUGUGUUAAACCUGAAUGGAGCUGGGGACCCUCUAACACCAGGUUAUCCUGCAAAAGAGUAUACUUUCAGGUAUAAAGUUAAUGAAGGUGUAGGGAUUCCCAAAAUCCCAGUUCAUCCCAUUGGAUAUCAUGAUGCAGAAGUAUUAUUGCGUGCAAUGGGAGGACCUGCAGCUCCAGACAGCAGCUGGAAGGGAAGUCUCAAUGUGUCUUACAACAUAGGGCCAGGAUUUGCAGACAACUCUUCUACAAGAAAAGUCAGAAUGCAUGUUCAUACAAACAAUAAAAUAACACGAAUUUACAAUGUCAUUGGCAUCCUCAGAGGAGCUGUGGAACCAGACAGAUAUAUUAUUUUAGGAGGUCAUAGAGACUCUUGGGUAUUUGGUGGUAUCGAUCCAACUACGGGUGCAGCUGUUCUGCAAGAGAUUGUACGGAGUUUUGGUAAAAUGAAGAUGGAAGGUUGGAGACCUAAGCGAACUAUUAUUUUUGCUAGCUGGGAUGCAGAAGAAUUUGGAUUAUUGGGUUCCACAGAAUGGGCUGAGGAAAAUGCCAGAGUCCUCCAGGAACGGGCAGUUGCUUACGUCAACACAGAUUCUUCUAUAGAAGGUAACUACACAUUAAGAGUUGACUGCACCCCUCUUCUCUACAAACUGGUGUAUAAUCUGACAAAAGAGCUUUUCGAUUUUUUUAAGAUUUUAAGCCCUGAUGAGAGUUAUGAAAAUAAGUCUCUUUAUGAGAGUUGGCUUGAGAAAGAUCCUGCAACUGAAAAUAAUAGCUAUCCCCGAAUAAACAAACUGGGAUCAGGCAGUGAUUUUGAAUCUUACUUUCAGCGACUGGGAAUUGCAUCAGGCAGAGUCCGUUAUACCAAGAACAGGAAAGCAGACAAAUUCAGCAAUUAUCCUGUUUAUCACACUGUGUAUGAGACCUUUGAGUUAGUGGAAAAAUUUUAUGACCCCACCUUCAAGAAACAGCUAACAAUUGCACAGUUACGAGGCAAACUGGUUUAUGAACUGGCAGAUUCCCAGGUCAUUCCAUUCGACUGUAGAGAUUAUGGAGAAGCCUUAAAAGGAUAUAGCAAUAGAAUUUAUAAAUUGGCCAAGAAACAUGAAGAACAGCUGAAACGUUACAAAGUAUCAUUUGAUCCUCUUUUUUCUGCUGUGGCGAACUUCUCAAAGGCUGCUGCUGAAUUUCACAGAAGACUUGAACAAGUUGACAAGAAAGAUCCAGUUGCAGUGCGAAUCAUGAAUGAUCAGCUGAUGUUUAUAGAAAGAGCUUUCAUUGAUCCUCUUGGCUUACCAGGAAGGAAGUUUUACAGACAUGUCAUCUUUGCUCCAAGCAGUCACAACAAGUAUGCUGGAGAGUCCUUCCCAGGGAUCUAUGAUGCCAUGUUUGAUAUUGAAAGCAAAGCUGAUCAACACGAAGCCUGGGAAGAAGUAAAGAGGCAGAUUUCCAUCGCAGCCUUCACUGUGCAGGCAGCAGCAGGGACACUGAAAGAAGUAGCAUAGGACGGCGGCUUCGAAAACCUCGGUCAAACAGCCGAGUCUGAAACGUAGUGUAAGUCAGGCUACUACAGUGACCCAGUCUCUCCUGACUGCUCACCGUAUCUGAGUUUGCAACCUUCUGAAUGCAUGCAAGUGUACCGGUAGGGUGAGGGGGAGCUCUGUGUAUCAAAGAACUCCUGAGCUAGAAAUUAAUUCUUCUCUGAUCCUGACAAAACUGUAGCUUUAACAACAACCCUAGAUGGAAGCAAAUUUGAGGGUGGGGAGAAAGAAAAAUCAGUUCCCUGAAAUAUCUGCCAAUUUUGAGGACCCGUUAUUUUGGAUGUACAAUUACAAAACCAGUUAUUUGCCAAGCUACCUGUAAAUCUUGUCCGGAGCAGUGAUCAAAAGCACACAUUGCAAGAGAAAAAAAUAUAACACUCCUCAGCAUGUGCAUUUUUCUUGUUCUGAUAGUUACUUUUAUAAUACAAGACACCAAAGGCAUCUCUGUAUUUUAGAAUCUAUUCUGCAGGACUGGUAGAAUCCUCAUUAUACUGAUUUGCUUUCUUUUCCUGAAAAAAUAAUAUACUCGCCCUCCUGCCAAUUGCCAAAGCAGCACUAGCCAUUCUUGAUAACCAGAGAAAACAGGUGCUUAUAUGCAGAAAUCCAAAAGCAUUUUCUUGGGGAGCGAGUGUCCAUCCCUCUGAAAGUCACUGUGCGCCUCCCUCCUUUACUUGCACUUUGGAAAACAAAGAUUUGGGGGAAUAACCAAAAGCUGACCUCCCUGCUCAUUUUGGUACUUUCACUAGUCCCAAACCCACGGCAGCUUUUGUUCCUGUUUUUUCCCAGGAGAUGUCUUUCAUGCAGAUGUCUUCUUCCAGUUGAGGGAGCUGGAGGACAUUGUUACUGUUGGCAUGGGGCUUGAGGUUACUCUGUCUUCAUAUGAGACCUGAAGAAGGUUUCCCACCAGAAGCUGCUUUUACAUUCAAAGAGAAACUGAAAUGCACGAGAAGGGUAAUUGUACAAAACUGUUUAAUUUGUAAAAAAAUUGAUUCUUUCUUCAUUUGCCCUUUAAAUGUACUUCUCAUCUACAUGCUUUACAACUAAUAAAAUUGCUAGAAUUUUAUUAAAAUCACAUUCCAGUUUGUGGGAGCUGAUAAUAACCAAUUUCUUCUCUGAUGUAAAAUAUGCUACAGUUUUUCUCACAACCAUAAAUUGCACCAGGUUGUGGGAAUAAAAUCCUUUUUGUUUUAUGGGGAAUAGAACAGAUGUGGUACUAAAAAAGACAGAAUUAGAGAAACAGGACAAUUACUAGGCUAUAGAAGGAGUUGUUCUCAUCUCAGAUGCCUUGAAUUCAGACAAGGGAACCAGAAAUUACUAUAGUUCAGUCCUUUGGGAAGUUGUUUUGGGGGAUAUACGCCACCAAGAAAAGAGGCUUUCAUUGGCAUCACUUCCAAUAAGCCUCUCUGAAAGAUGAAGGACUGUGUACCUAUGGAUGUUGUGCUCACAAUUUACUGUUAAAUUGCUUUUCACAAAUCAAGCCUUAGGCACACGAGGAGGAAAUUACACUUCCACAGUCCAUGCUUUACCUCUUCUGGUGGAAAAAGUAGUGCUUAACUGACCUUGUCAGCAUGCGCUUAAGAGACACAAGUAGUCAAUGCUGAGGACACCAGAACAGUGACUACAUUUUUGUUGUUGUCUUUACUUCUGCUUAACUGGGGCCACUCACAGUUAUUAAGUUGUUCAUCUCCGCAUCUCUAUCUUAAGGUGUUGCUGAAGGAUGUGAUACCCUGUGAACGGUGACUGGUACGUAACUGCACCGGUUUUUCUUCCCUUUUUCUGAAUCGCCCACUCUUCCUGCUCCGUCAUAGCUUUAUGUUAACUGCAGUGGGCAGUAACUGAAUGUGCCCCCAAGGAAGGGUUAGGAUAUCUGGAGGGUGGAAAAAAGCCACCAGUGCCUCUUCCUUGUGAACAGCAGCCAGCUUUGGAUCUGUCAGCGGUUGCUGCCGUAGGAUCAUCAGAGAAUAGGGCAAACAAGGAAUUUCCACGUAAAAAGGAAAUACCUGACAAAGCGUGCUUCCUCCUCCAUUUACAGCAAUCUCUUUAAUAGUAUAAACCAGUGAACAAACGUUCCAGUGGUAGUUAGCCUUUGAAGUUCUGUGCCAUUACCUUGCUGCUGCAAAAGAACAUUUUAUCUCUUCUUGUUUCCCUGUGCAGUUUGAAGCUGUAAGAAUAAAUUACAGCUCACAUUAGGCUGAAUGCACAGCCAGCAUCGAUUGCUUUGUUCCUCUUCUCAACUUAACUGAUAACUCUGUAUGAAUGUACGAUUCAUCAUGACCCGCUACAUCCUAAGAAGUAUACAAAAUAGCUUAAAUCCAUUUCCAUUCCUCUCUAUAAAGUUCUACUGAGGAAGAGUGAUAGCCAAACCCUUCUAAAUAAGGAAACGAAACCACUUAUAAAUGGCUUAUACUAAUUGAUUUCCAUAAAGUCCCAUAUUUUUGGUAUUGAGAGGAUCAGUUACUCAGAGCUGAGAUUGCCUUCCCUGCUUCAGUCAGUAGCAUCUCCUUUUCUAUAGAUGGGCAACCAAGGAACCACCACUGUCUCCCAGCCCAAAGGCUGCUGUAUUUGUGCAGCUCUGCCUGCCCAUAAUUUCAAAGCGCGGGGGGGAUUUUUCAGGCUCUCCUUACAAACGGGUAACACUGGAUCGCCUACUCUGUCCUUCCCUAAUUCCAUUUGCACAGUUCAUUCACUCAACCUGGCUGAAACAAUCUGUGAAUCAUACAGCUGGACGAAACAGACCCUUCAGCCUAGACUGGGGCUGCAAAACAAUUUGGCAAAAUUAAAACUUGGAUGAACCAAAUAUCACUUGGAUAUUCGGUUUGCCAAUUGUCUCUUUAGAAAAUCAGUCUCAAAGGGACAGUGCCAGGAAGUUUAUUUCAGAUUCUGUUAUGGUUGAAAUACCUUUGGCUUGCCUUUGGAAAGGAAGCCAUAACACUUGGUCAAUUUAGUGAUGGCUGGAAAGUGGGGAUAACCUACAUGCUCCAUUUUCCACUGAGUAAGCAAUAAACACAAUCCAGUUACAACACUCUUUCAUUUGCACCAAAAUUGGUAGUGAUUUAAAAUAGUUAUUCUGGUGUGUUUUUUCGAUCAAUAAAUAGAAAUAGAACCAUCUCAAAAAAAGCUCUGCAGAUCUUAAGCUUAAUAAAAACUCAAACUAAUUAAAAACCUUUGAAGAUUAAGAGUUUGGGAUUAAGUGUUUCUCUCAACACCCUGUAAUUUAGCAACCCUUCCCAAAGUUGACUCACGCAUCAGGGGACUGCCUUUGUGGACCAAAGAAAUUAAAAUUUCCCUAUCCCGGUAUGCUGAUGACUGAAGUACAAGUACACCAGCUGCAGAAGUUUCAUAAAUCUUCUCAGUAACUGUACAGUUCAGGUGUAAGAACAGGACAUUUGGAUUCGGCUAGUUUUUUGGUUAAGCCAAAGUGAUUUGUCAAGUCCAGGUCAAACUUUUAAACUGCUUCAGCUGAUCUAAAAAAGACAUUGCAAGAGAAAGGUCCUAAAGCAGUCAAUCAGCCCAUUAAGCAGAUGAUCACAAUCAGUACAGGUGCUGUACGUUGACUUUUCCAGAGGCCCAAUUUCUAUUAUUCUGUCCUUCUUUUAUAGAUAACCUAUAAAAUAAUCUCUGUAUCUUCAUAAGGGCCAAGCAAAUGUGAACUCUACAGACUGCGUAGUAUUUUGCAAGAGAAGAUGACCUGAACACCUGGCCAGCAGCCCUCAGUGACCCAAAACGCUUUCCUUGUGCGGAGGAACUAUUGCUGUUCCUGUCCAUCCUGCCUAACGAAAUACCAGGCAGCAGGUUUAAAACAAAGGGAUUACUCACACUACAUGGGAUUAUCAGGUGAAGCUCACUGCUACAGGAGCCUGUGAAAGGUGAAAUGGGUUAAAAAAGGAUCAGACACAUGCAAGGAGUGCUCAUGCCUAAUGAUCCAGAUGCAACUUUUCAUUCAGAAGGCCCUAAAGCACUUUGGAAUUAAAGCAUAGGUAUGCAUGAAGGGAUUAAAACCUACCUGCUUCAUUCUUUGCUUUAAGCAUUUGCCAUGGAGAGAUUAUUGGGAAAGACAGCACUUUGCACUCUCUCAUUGUAGUGCUUUCCGCUGAAUAGACAGCCCCUUAAGUGCUGCUGGUGGUCCUCUCUUUCUGUGCACUUGACUGAAACCCAUGAAAAUUAAUAAAUGUAUCUUAAGAGGUUGCUUGUUCUCUGCUUUAAAGCAAGAUAAUGAUUAAAUAUGUCAAUCACGGGUCUUUUAAAAUAACCAAAGUUGCUUGAGAGCAGAAAUAGUUUAUCCUGCAGUGGUGUCAUUCAGAGGGUAAGAGGUGCUGUGCAGCAUCUGCAGAGAAGAGCUACUGCAGUGACCCCACAUUAUUCCUAAGGAAAACAGCAGCAGGAUGAGGUUCUGGAAGAUCCUGACUGGGUCUGAAAGUCACUGAGGACUUUGUGCACCUCCCAGGCAAUGCUGCAGAAACCCCCAAGGAGGCAGAGCUGAAACGUCCAGGUGACACAGCAUCAAAAGGAGCUGGGGACCUCCUCCCUGCAGCUGGUAGGAGUAGGAUAUACGCAGCAUGGACCGUUUUUUCUCUUACUCUAAAUUCCUCUAUUUUCAUUCAUGGGAUUUUUAACGUACAGUUAAGAGAGCCAUUAAGAGAGCUGAAUGAUGGUGAACAUCAUGGACUUCCCUAUGGCAAAGCAAAGAAGACAACGCUAAUUAAAUGAAAUACAGAAAUCUUGCUUCUGCUAUGCCAUUCUCUUCCAAGUCGAACCAAAGUAAGUGCUGCGUUCCUCACUGAGCAACACCUGCUACACAGAAAUUGUCCCUAGAGAAACCAGUAGGAGCUGAAUUUAGUGAGCAGGCUUUUUUAAGGCAAAAGACUGUUUCCAUUACACCACUGAGCCUACAAGUAGCUCCAGUAAAGCAAGACUGGCUACCGUUCUGCCCUGUAGUUUAGCUGCAAGUCUGUGGUGUAUUAGAGUUGAGCUCUUAGUCAAAUUCAGCAGUUCCUUCUGUUAAUCACUGUCAGCAGGAGGAACUUAGAAAGCCUAAAUGGUUUAGGAGCUGUCUGUCCCAUGGAUUGCUUCUGUACUUGCUUGUGCCAGCUAUAAUCUGUGAAGUCAAGGCAGCUCCUGUCAGUGUCAACACAGUUUUCGUCCUGAUGGAUCCUACACCUUUAAACAUCAUCUUCCUCAUCCAAGAAAAUCUAUGAGCUAUUCUUCAACCCAACCUGUAAGGCACAUCCAUUUUCUGGAUGGGCUUGGGGAGCUCAAAGAAUGGAGGAGGAGGAGGAGGACUGGUUUGUUAGGCGCCUCAUGCAGGAGGGGCUGGACCUGGUUCAAGUAAAGUGCAAACACGUUAAAACCUUCCAUAAAGGGAAAGAACAGGAGAGGCGAUAAUGGGAAAAGCAUUUCACAGGAGGGUAUCAGAUAAGAAUAGACUUGCUGUGUUUACAUGGCACCUUCCUCAGAUGUGCUUUGCUAGCUUGCUGACAGUAAACUGCUGACGCAUUCCUGAUGCUGCCAUCCACUUACCUCCAAACUUGGCUGUAUUUUUAGCAGGAAACUCAAGCCAUGGUUGCUGGACACAGCGACUGUUGCGACAACACACCCUUAUGUAACCCAUAAGCAGCAGGACGUCAGGCUGGGGAAGCACGGUCAGCUGCGAACACCGAACACUGAAAGAUUUAGCUCCCGCUGACAUCACUCAUCCCUUCAGAUAUUCCUGGAACCAACACCCCCCUCCUGAAGCACUGCUUUUGCUUCCUCAGCUCUCUCUGCCUCCCAUGUUUCCGUACUCUUCCCACCCGAGCCGGCAUGCCCUGGCACCUCCUGCCUGCACCGAAGCUCCAUCUUCAGCCCGCAGCUCAGACAGAAUUAUCCUGGCACCCGGCCGUGCACAAGUGUGGGCACUUGCAUAGCGUCGCCCACUGCCACAGCAGAGGAGUAAAACACAAGGAUCCUGCCUGUCUAAUUACGGGCAGAAAGAAACACACUAAGUAAAGACAAGUUCACUGUUAGUAUACUUGAAACCGUAACUGUGUGAUCAAAGAAUAUUUAGUUGCUAUUUAUUACAGAAAAAGAAAAAACAAAGCAUAUUAUUACAGACAAACCUUUCAAUAACGAAGCAGUUAAAAUGAUUAUGAGCUGUUUAUCUUCCUGGGGUCUCCACUAUCAUCCUGUGCCCCUGCUCUAGUUGUCCCAUGCCCACGGUCCUCUACACCACAUGCCAUACCUCAGUUGUCAAGGCCCCCGCUUCUAUGAGGCUUGUAUUCCCCUACAGCGUGAUGCUAGAAUCAUAAAUAUGUUGUUCUACACAGAAAAACUGCUUGUCACUAGUAUCUGUAUAAAAAAUAGGGUUAUACCAGAUAACUAUGAAAGGAGAAACAACAGCGAAACAAGUAAGGCAAUAGCCACCUGGUCACGAGAAAACUUCUAACAGCCAAACAAGCUGCCACAACGCUGCAGGCAGGCGACGAGAAGUUCAGACAACGCAAGCCUGGCAAGUCCCGAGACGCUGCAGGGCUGGAACAAAGCUCGUGCCCUGCUGCUAGCCGUGGCAGUACUGGAUUUAUCCAGCCGUCAGCGGAGAUCGGCACUCGGGGACUGCUUGGGGGAGAUCCCAGGUUUUUGAAAGAACAACCAUUAAGGACAGCUACUUACAUAUAGUCGUAUCCGUACUUAGUACCUAGUCCUGGCAAAUCUGAGAAAUGGAUGAAACGGGCCUAGCUUUUCUUUCUAUAUUCUCAAACCACCCCAGUUCACCUAAUUCAGCCUGAUUGGACUUCGGUUUGGCAAAUAUCGUUCUUGUCAUCUGCAGUCUGAUAAAUGAUAACGUGCCUGAGGACUAGAUAUUUAUAUAGGAUUCAGAGUGUAACUGCAGCACUCAGCACGUGCCUCUCAGGCAGUAUUAUGCUCCGUUUUGUACUAAACCAUAAUUACCAGAAUAUGGAGAAGCUCUGGCAAAAUCUAUCAGCUCUCUCACAGCUACUGCUCAUUCUGCAGACAACUGUACCUAAAUUUCAGUGAAUACCUACAACGUAUGGAGGGAAAAUGAGGAGGUACAACACUACAGAUUGCAAUAUACCCCUGAAAAGUUAUGUUUACUUAAGUACCCUUAUGGGACAGUUUCAGAUAAAACAUAUGCGCGUUGUAUAAUAAAACUCUGAAAUGCAAAAAUUCAUUAAAAUGACACAUGCUUUAGCUUAAGAAUUGUGCGCUGAAGGUUUUGGUACUGCCACUCAACCACGCUGAAGUUUUUAGCCACUUUUCAUUGUAGAAGUCCCAACCACACUGCAGUCUUCAGGCAAUGUGCAUCAAUAUAACGGUUCAAUAAUAAACUUAACUGUCUGCACUCUAAAGCAAAAUAUUGUUGAGAAUAACAGCAAAAGAAGAAAUGCUGAACAAUGCCACUGUGCUCACAGAGCACGUAGCAACAACGUGAACCUUUAUAAUGAUACGGAAAAAAAGUAUAGAACACCGAUUUGAAAAGUUUCAGUGCUUUGGCUCAUUCACAGUCGAAGUUGUUGCUUUGUAUUAACCUUCAGUCUUAGCACGUCUUCUAUGAACUACUUCAUUUUUUCCAUAAACAUGUGAAAACCUUUCUCUUAAAAAAAAUAUUUUCAACUACAUUUUAAUAUUCUCCAUUCGUUUUACCAGCUUUACAGCUGCUAACUGCUCUUGGAAAGCAUAAGCAUCCCAUUUAAGUUAUAAAUCCACUGAAAUAAAAAUUUUGUAACAGAAGUGCUGACAGGCUUCUGAUUUGCAGAGCUACAAUUAAAGAAUAAUUCUGAAUUGAA